AGUUAAGUGAAAAUAAAAGCAAUUUUCAAUAAAUUUAAGCCAAAAAAGCUCGAAUUUGUGGCGUAAGCAAUCUUGUUUAUGAUAUUCAGGAAUGGAAGUGGAUUUACUGCGCCCAGGAACAGUUCCUAUAGCUCCAGAGACUAUAUUGUGGUUUGAAUUCUUAUUGGCACCAAACUUGCUCUUACAACAUUUGGAGAAACCUUAUGCAGACCCUCCUCCAUCUGAACUGAUCACUAAAUUCUAUGAUGUCAUUUCUGAGACACUCAGGAUCAAUCCUGAGUCUGAAACUGCUGAGAUCAUUGAUGUAGAAACCAAUAAUGGGAAGUUGAAACCUCCAGCAAAAACAGUGGCUUUGAAAAUACUAGCUCUCAAAGUUGGAGCAUAUCUCAAAUGGAAUCUAGUACAAAUAAGACGUUUGCCAUUUAAAACCCAAAUCAAUCUAUUACAAGACUUGAUGUAUUUCACAAAUGAUAAGAAAACUGUUGAAAUACCAAAUGUUGAAGAAGAAGAUGUGAACACUGCCUCCCCACCUUAUUUAUUUGCAUUACUCUUGUUUCACCGCUGGCUACUGAAUACCUCAAUGCACAGAAUAACUUCACAUUGGCAAACAAGAUAUGGAAUAAAUGACAUAUCAAUAGCUGAUGAAUCAAUAAUCUGUUGUCCAGAGAAUAUAAACAAAACUGUCAACUUCCUUACAGAUUCUCUUGAAUGGGAAAACAUCCCUAGUCUGCUAACCUUUGAUUGUUUCAAGCUACCAACAGAAUCUAAUGAUUGCAUAGAAUUUGAUUGGUUGAAGAGUGAACCUUUGUCCAAAACUGAAUUUUCUGCCCAAAUCAACUAUGAUUUGGGUGUAUUCUUCUUUUAUCGGGAAGAAUAUGAUUUGGCCAAAAAGCAUUUUUCAAAUUGCUCUCAGUUGUUUAAAAAUAUACCCAACAUCCAUGGCUUUUAUGAUGUUGAGAAAGAAAUUCUAGAUGUUUAUAUUAGAGCAUGUCAUGGCUCUGCUGAUAAUCAGAAGGCUAGUUUGCUGGAACAAUUGAAUUGUUCAAUUGUUAAUCAGUACAUGGGAAUUACUUCAAUUUUACAACAAGAUAAUAUAUGCAAAGAAAUUCCUCUGAUGCAUAGACUUAAUUUAGAGCUGGAUAUACAGGGUGCUAUAUCAAGUGGGGCAUUCACAGUAGCCAGGGAUCUGCUGCAAAAAAUAAAGGCAUUAAAUAUAGUCAGAUGUGUUCUUGAUAGAAAACCAUUGUACCAGUAUUCCAUCUCCAGUUUUAAAAAUGCAGAUGUCAUUUUAGGGGCAAUACAUAGUACAUGGAAGUUAUGCUCUCAAACAGACAAACAAAUUUUGAAAAAUUAUUUGAUAGAAUUGCUGGUGAGCGAUUCUAUACCUGAUUUGAAGGAGAAACUUGGUUCAAAUGAAGAGCUUUAUGCCAUUUUUGAUAAACAUGAUUUGAGCUAUAUUUCUGGAGCUGAAAAUCAUGUUGAAAUCCCAGAUUCUUUGAUGAAGUCUGAAGUGUUUCCAGAUAUAAGUAAAAAGAGGAAACCGAAAAUGGAGUUGAGGCAGCUAGAAAAACGCCUAAUUUUAACCAAUGAUCAUAAAGAAAUCAGAGAACUGCUGGUUAAAAUUGCAAUGACCAAUUUGGGGACAACAGUUUGGACUAUAAACCCCCAAUGGGAAUUACCAAUUCCUCUACAGAGUGUACUCAAAUCACUACCAAGAGGAUUCCUCCAGGAUUUUGCUUAUGUAACACUAGCCAAGUCAAAAGAACAGCUAUUGAACAGGAACUUCAACUUAUCUCUAGAAUAUCUCAUUAUUUUGGAAAAGGAGUUGAGAACGGCGACUUGCAAUGUCAUGAAACUGUUUCAACUGGUUAGUUGGGAGAUUUUGCUUGUGCAAAUAGCCCAAAUGUACACAAAUCCAGUUGAUAAAAAUGGAUUGGCUGACGCCUGCGAGGUUUGCUUACAGACCAACGAUUUGGUGAUUCCCAGGACAGAGAUACUCGAGCAAUGCGCCAUAUGCCUGCUGAAUUUGGGUCGUUGGGAAUUUUUGAUCACCCUGGAGAAGAGGUGGGCCACCUUCGAAAUAACAUCGGCCAUCGCCUUGGCCUGUCAGGAAAUCGUCAAACAUAAAGGAACGAAAAAAUUGUCGAAAAAUCUUUGGGAUCUAGUACUACCAAUUUCCGCAUCUCAUCUGCCCCAAUCCAAACGUAACAAUCCUGCUUUCAACGACAUGUCAAACUUGAGGAGCAACCUUCUGUCGGUGUUCUUCAAGCUCAAGGACUCUUUGUGCCUGGCCGUGGUCAUAUCUCUUUUAACGAAACUGUUCAACAUUCUCAAGGACGAGAGCAGCCUGGAAGUCCAGAUGGAGUACAUGAAUCUGUGGCCUGCCGUUGUAACAAAUGCAAAUUCUUACAAUGCCAUAGCUGCUUGCGAUCUUUUGUCCGAAAUGGUGCUGUACGGUUUGAAAGAGUACCCCACAAAUGUUUCUUGGAUGAGACUGAUGGCAGACCUCAAUUUUGCUAACGGUCACUACCGAGUGUCGCUGAGCUACUACUUGAAAACCCUGCUGAUCGUCCACGACUACUUCAACGUGCCCAUCCGCAACGACGAUCACGUGUUCAGGCGGAUGAUCAAGUGCUGCACUGUACUCGGUUCACACACGCAAGCAGCCGUCCUGUGCCAGUUCCUGGAAGAGACAGACUACACGUUGGCCUUCCGCAUCCUUUCCGAGCAGAAGAACUGCACGGACGCAGUCGACGCCUACUACCACUGCUUCUGGGACAUCAGCAUCCUGGAGUACCUGAUCCACACGCACCACAAGAAGGGGGAGUACCAACGGAGGAAGUGCGCCAUACAGGUGAUGGGCAUGCUGGAGUUGAAUUCCAGCAACAACGAGGAGAUACAGAGGGAGGCCUGUAAUUUGAGGAAGAGUACGUUUCUGAGGGGGCUUUGUAAGCAGUAUGUGUUCUGACUGAGUUAUAAGUAAAUUAUAAUUUUU